UCAAAUCAUAUAUGUUUAUGAGUACAGAUAAAUAUAACGGAGCUACUUUUAAACUUACUUGGAUUAACGUGGUAGACAACAACAGUAAAUUUCAAAUGGGGAAAAUGCGCAAAAACUGAGAAAGAUGCAUGUGUCGUAAGCGAUGUGAUACAUCAGGUAAAAAAUGGCAACCGGAAGUGCCGAUGAUGACAGAUACCCGCUGCUUGUGAUUGACGAUGAUUCAGAUAACGAGAAACAUUCUUACUAUGGAAGAAAACAAACAGCAUCUCCAGCCAUAAGACAUUCUAUCGAAAUAAUAGAUGAUGAUGAUGAUGAUGAUGAUGAUGAUGAUGAUGAUGAUGAAGAACGUAAAUCUACACCGCGGAGAGAUGCAUACAUACCCCGAGGAAGGGGGAGAGGCCGCGCGAGAGGCAGAGGAAGACCCGACAGUCACUAUGUUGGAUAUAAUCCAAGAGACAGAAGUGAGAGCGAACACGAUCAUAACAGAUAUGACCGUGGCAGGGGUUUUCACGCUUCGCACAGAGGCCGUCCGGCAACAGACAGCGAUAGAAGAAGCUCGCAUCUUGAUUCUAGGCAAACUAUGGACAACAGUGGAGGUAACCAUGCUAGGAGUGUUACAAGGUUACCUUUCAACAGAGCAACUAGGCAAAUGUCAGUUAGCAAACUGAGUGAGCUUGCAAAUAAGGAUGAUUGCAGUGCUGGUGAAGUGCUCGUUGAAAUUUCUCAGUCAAGAAGUGGAUUUUUUGAAUUGAUUGAACGUUCAUUUUUGUACAUGAAUAACGCUUUAUUGAUCAUGAAAAUCUUACAUAAAGUAAAAGAUUCAGCCUCUACAAACAUUCUGUAUGGAUUUCUGCAGAAAAUUGAAGAAGUUCUGUUGUUAGGAUUAAAUGAAGUAGUAAGCAAAGUAGUGAUCGAAGAUGUUAGUGUGAAGCCAAUUUGGGGUACAUCAGAAAUACUUGAAGCCUUUUGCUUUGAUUCACUACCAGUAGUAAGGAAAAUGAUGACAUCAUUCCCUGGAAGUCUCCAUAAGUGUUAUGGAUUGCUUUUAGGAUUCAAACAGAUAAAUGACUUGCAUGAACACAUACACCUUGAUGAGCAAAUUAAAUUAGCCCAGAAAGUAUUCGAAGCUGUCAAGGGAGAAAGGGAUAAAACACACAAAGAAGACAUUGUCAGAAAACAGAGUAAACCAAUACCAGACAUAGACGUGGCACCCCCUGAUGACUUUCGUGAUAUAAGUAUUUUCCCGAAAAUGAAGGAUAUUUCUCUAAAUGAAGUUCCAUUUUUACGUGCAAAUAAAGUAGAAGGAAAAUAUAGUUCAGUCGAUACCUAUCUCGACAUACAGUUUAGACUUCUGAGGGAAGAUUACGUAAAACCCUUACGUGACGGUAUUUUUGAAUACCAAAAGAGCAUUAAAACAGGCGAGAAUGGCCAGAAACCGAGAAAUAUUCGCAUUUAUCAUUCGGUGCAAAUUCUGUUUCCAGUGUGUACAAAUAGUGGAUUAAAUCACAUAAUUCGGUUCGACAACAGCAAGUUAAAAGGAAUAAACUGGGGGGCAUCACAGAGGCUUAAGCAUGGUUCUUUGGUAUGUCUAUCACCUGACAACUUUGAGACGGUAGUUUACGCUAUUAUAACGAAUAGAGAUCCUAGCAAAAUUGAAGAGGGAAAGCUAGAAAUUCAUUUCGAUAACCUUUCAAAUGAGGUUCUUUGUGGCAAAAGGAAUGCCAUGUUCAUCAUGGCCGAAAGCACAGCCUAUUUCGAAGCAUAUAGACAUAUUUUAGAGGGCCUUCAAGAAAUCACCGAUGAAAUGCCAAUGAGCAGAUACAUAAUAACAUGUGAAACAAAAAUUAAGCCACCUUCUUAUGUGUUGAACAAAGGCAGUCCUGAAUAUGACUUUACUUGCUUAUUACAAGGGAAUGAGGAUGCCUCGGAAAGAAAGUAUCCGGUGUUAAAUACAAGGCAGUGGCCAAGCUGCAACCAAUUAGGACUAGAUACAUCCCAGUAUCAGGCUCUUCAGGCUGCUGUAACAAAAGAGUUUGCUUUAAUACAGGGUCCACCAGGAACAGGAAAGACUUUUGUAGGAUUGAAGAUUGCAAAACUGCUUUUAGCAAACAGCUCAUUCUGGAAACCUAACGAACAACAUAGCCCACUAUUAGUGGUCUGCUACACCAAUCAUGCGUUAGAUCAAUUUCUCGAAGGCAUGCUACAAUUUUGUGAAGGUAAAGGUAUCAUUAGGAUUGGCAGCCGGUGUAAAAAUGCGAAAUUGGAGCCGUUUCUAUUACAUACAGUAAAGGAAAGAAAAAGAACGUUGAAGACAAGGACAUUUUCAAUUUUACAAUCGGAAAGGGAUGAAUAUACUAAUGUUAGAGAGAGUCAGGCAGAAAUUCUAGCCAUUAGUGCCACGUUGAAGAGGACCAAAACGGAUAUUUUGGCAUAUGAAGAACUUAAACAUGUGAUGUUGGAGAAGCAAAAAGAUCAAUUUGAAAAAGUUGAACAAUCUAAGAGCUUGUCCCCAUGUUUAUCAACGUGGCUUGAUUUUCCCACUUUUCUUGUUUUGUCCAGUGAGGAAAAGGAGAAUGAACGAGAAAUAAAAGAACUUUGGAAAAACCUUAUUCUUUCUGAAAUCCAACCCGAUGAACAAACCGAGGUUGAUGAAGUUCAAAAUAUUUGGAACACAGACCUAUUAACAAGAUCUAAAAUUUACAUCAUUUGGUUGAAUGAAUGCAAAGAAAAUAUUUCAAAAGAACUUGUUCGAACACUUCCAAACGCACUCGAAAGAUGUGAGGAAGAAAUUCUCACAUUCAACGAACUCGAAGUGUAUCUGUUAAGUCAACAAGCAAAGGCAAAGUUAGGAGGUUUACUACUUUAUACAGAAAUAGAACAGGAGGAACUUCUUUUGAAAUGGUUGCACCUGGCACCGGAAGAUGAGAAUGAUGAAAUUAAAGCAGUCAUUGAGAGCUUUGAAAACAAUGCCACUGAGGUUGCCACAGAUGAUCUCGAAGAAGAUAAAAGUGUUGAUGAUGAAGAAGCUGACGACAUGACGAUGAUGUACGAAGGUCAAUAUCAUAGAUCCGCAAAGAGAACAAAAUCUGAUCUUGAAUGGCUUCAAGAACGCUAUGAUAAAAUGAACUCAUCAAGAAUUAAGAAUCUUUUCGAAGGGGUAAUUCCUUUGACCAAAGAACAAGAAGAAAACAUCGGAAACGUUCUCGAUUUAAGUAGAGCGCAAAAGGUUUCAAUGUAUGUCACAUGGAUCAAUAAAUACACCAAUCUUUUACGAAAAAGGAUACAGAAACACGAAGCCGACUUUGUUGUAGCAAACAAAAGUCUACAAGAGGUACGUGAUAUUGAAACAAUAGAGGUGCUUAAAGAUUCUCUUGUUCUUGGAAUGACAACAACUGGGGCGGCAAAAUAUCGGACAAUAUUAAAAGCUGUUCAACCGCAUAUCAUUAUUGUCGAAGAAGCUGCUGAAGUUCUUGAAUCACAUAUCAUCACGUCAAUGAAUCAAAGUUGCAAACACUUGAUAUUGAUAGGCGAUCAUAAGCAACUGAAGCCGACGACAGCGGUUUAUGAACUUGCAAAAAAGUAUGCUUUGGACAUAUCUUUAUUUGAAAGAAUGGUAAGAAACGAUGUUCCAUGCGUUACGUUGGAAGAACAGCACAGGAUGAGACCAGAAAUUUCAACAUUGAUCAAAAGACAGAAACUGUAUCCCUCCCUUAAGGACCAUGUAGCAGUGAGGCAAUACAAAAAUGUAUUAGGAGUAAAUGCGAACGUUCAAUUCAUAUCUCACUUAGAGAAUGAGGACUCUUCUGUUGAGUCUACUAGCUACUCAAACCCUCAUGAAGCAAAGUACAUAGCUGCCCUUUGUUAUUACUUGACAUGUCAAGGAUACAGUAAAACUCAGAUAACUGUAAUUACACCAUAUAUAGGUCAGGUUUUACUUCUCAGAAAAGAAAUGUCAAGGGACCAGUUCAGCGGAGUCAGAAUCACUGCUGUUGAUAAUUUUCAAGGCGAAGAAAAUGACAUCAUUUUACUAUCACUAGUUCGCAGUACUACUAAAAAAAAUCAAACAAGCAAAAGAAAUCCGAUUGGCUUUGUUGGAAUAGAAAACCGGAUAUGCGUGGCAUUGUCAAGAGCGAAAAUUGGUUUGUAUGUCGUGGGCAACUUUUCUCUGCUGGAAACAUUCAGUCCGCUGUGGAGUGAAAUCGUAUCAGAAAUGAGAGAAAAGGGUCUUGUGAAGAAUUACUUGACGCUUAUAUGUGAAAACCACCCGGAAAGAAGAAUUGAUGCGAGUACUUGUGAAGAUUUCAAAAGUAGGCGUGAUGGUGGUUGUGGGGUUCCAUGUGGAGAGAUUUUGGAAUGCGGACAUACAUGUCCACGCUCAUGCCAUAUUGUUGACAGAGAACAUAAAGUAAUAACUUGCGUAUUACCUUGUGAGAGAACCAUAGGUUCAUGUCCGCUGUAUCAUCGUUGCACGAAGAUAUGCUUUGAAGAUUGUGAACCUUGUGAUACUGAAGUUGAGAGGGCCAUCCCAGGAUGCAAACACAUUCAAACUAUGUUAUGUCACGAAGAUCCAUACACCUUUAAAUGUAAAUAUCAAAUUGAAAGAGAGCUGGAAUGUUACCACACAGUAGUGAUGAACUGUUCAGAUGAUCCAAAAACAUACCAAUGCCAAGUCAAAACACAGAAACGCUUACUACAUUGCGAACACAUUGUUGAGAUACCUUGUAACGUCAAUCCUGUUGGAUGGAAAUGUGAAGAAGAGUGUUCAUUCUUGCUUAAUUGCGGACACAUAUGCAGAAAACCAUGCUUUCAAUGUAAUCAAUCUGGUGAUCACGAAAGUAAGUGUAAGAUGCAAGUAAAACGUGAUCUAGGUUGCGGACAUUUUACAUAUGUUCCUUGUUACCUUGAAGUCGGUGCAAUCGUUUGUCAAGAGAAUUGUGUUGCCAGACAUGAUUGCGGUCACAUGUGCUCUGGUACAUGCGGCUCAUGUUUCGCGGGUAGAGUGCACAGACAAUGCAAAGGGUCUUGCGGCAAAAUACUUCCUUGUGGCCACAAGUGUGAUUAUACAUGCCACGAGAUUUGCCCGCCAUGUAAUAAAUCGUGUCAGUGGAAAUGUUCCCACAACAUAGUGUGUAAAAAGAAAUGUCCCGAUUCGUGCGAUGGGUGCAGACAUGCCUGCAACUAUUCAUGUUCUCAUAAAAAACGUUGUGACAAUGAUUGUCCGGAAGCUUGUCUCGUCGAAGGUUGUAAUGAACCUUGUAAGAAAGUUCUCAAAUGCAAGCACACUUGUGCCGGAAUAUGUGGCGAACACUGUGUAUGUAUAACAUGUAGUAGUGAUCAUAUAAAGGAGGGUGACAGUGAACAAUCAGACAAGACGUUGUAUUUCCAGUUGCCCGACUGCUCAUGCAUUUUCGAAGCAACUUUUCUAGACAAGCACAUGCAUCAACAGAAUGAAUCUAAAACCGAUUUGUGCAAAAGAUGCCCCUCAUGUAGGAAGCCAAUACGAAGUGAUGUUAGAAGAUAUUCUAAUAUUUUAAAACAGAUAAGACACGAUAUUGUAGAAAAGUAUGAAAAUGGGAUCGGUAAUAAAGCAUUGAAAGAAAAGAAAUGUGGAUUCCUUAAGAAAAGCAUUAAUAGGUUAAUGAAAAAAAGAAAGAUUUUGAAUAUUGAUGAAAUGAGAAAAAUGCAGAAUGAGUUGAAAAAAAUCCGCUUUUAUUACCUAGAUAACAUUGACAAAAGAAUAAGCCAACUCGAAGAACUUUCCCGCGUGUCAAAAGGUAUGGAAAACGUGCAAAUCAGCAAAUUGGUCAAAGGUGUAAUGACAGUGUCUGAAAUACGACAGGCUAUUUUGCAUGAACGGAGGUAUGCAACGGAACAGUAUUGGAAAGAAUUGAAGAGAGAAAUAUCAAGGUUCGACAUUGGAAUAAAUCUUUACAAGAUUCGAGAACAAUACAAUCGAAACAAAUCAAGUGCUACAAUCGAUAUGGUAUUUGAAAAAUCCCUUCAGAUUAUAGCAAAGACACAGUUUAAAGAUGUGGAAAGAGAAACUGUGAAAACAGCUCUCCAAAACAUUAAAGAGUACACUCAAUUUGGGAGAAAAACCAGCGAGCUGAAAACUUCAUUGAUAAGGCUAAACAGCCAUCUAAGCAGAGACAGUGACAUCAGAAAAGAUAUCGAUGAACUUCUAGCAAAGAGUCCACAAUCGUAUGAUGAACUUCCAAUCAUGAAACACAAAAUAAUAUCAAAACAAUUCGCGGCACGAGGAGACAAAUCGCACAUUACAUCUCCUCAAAACGAACCAAAGAGAGAUAACGAAGAGUUGGACACAUUGAAUGCCACAAGUAGAAUUGCUAACGUAUCAAUAACAUCAGAUGCAUCUUUGUCUGAAGAAGGGAAUCUUACUGAUCAGCUCACAUUGGUAGUUAAGAAAACCAUAUCGAAAAGAAAUGUGCGUGUCACCUCUGAUGACAAGUUGCAAGAGUCUACACCCAAUGUUGUUGAUCCUAACAGCAUUCUUCGCGGUGAUGAAUACUCGCUGUAACAAGAAAUUGAUACUAAUGAACGUAUCGAAUAAUUGAAGCUAUGGAUGUUGACAUAGUAGACACUAAUGGCAUAAAGACAUUCGCACAUGAAAUCAAAUGAUUCCUUUUGCACGCUGAACGUUCAAGUGUCUGUUUUUUCACUUUGCAUGAUACAUGUAAAAAAAAUAUGCAUACAAACA